AUGGAGAGAAUUGGUGCUUAUUUGCUUGUGGUGGUGGCGAUGGUGGCCGGCGCCGCCGCGCAGAGCGCCACCAACGUGAGGGCGACGUAUAACAAUUACAACCCUCAGAAUAUAAAUUGGGAUUAUAAUACGGCAAGUGUCUUUUGUGCCACCUGGGAUGCCGACAAGCCACUUGAAUGGCGACAACAAUAUGGCUGGACUUCCUUCGGUGGCCCUGUUGGUCCAACAGGCUAUGAUUCUUGUGGCAAAUGUUUGGAGGUUAUUAAUACCGCUACCAAUGAUCAACUAACGGUGAGGAUUGUUGAUCAGUGUUCAAAUGGAGGGUUGGAUUUGGACGUCAAUGUAUUUAAUCAAUUGGACACGAAUGGACAGGGCGUUGCUCAAGGCUACCUCAUAGUCAACUACAAUUUCGUUGAUUGUUAA